UAGCCGACUUUGGUAUUAGUCGAAUAUUGAAGGAUGGCCGUACGACAUAUUCAAGCAUUGCAAAAAGUGGCACUGAGUAUUGGUUUGCUCCUGAAUCAUAUUGUGUGAAGAGUCAGUCGAAAAAAAAAGCUCGUUUCAAAAGACAGUCUGAUGUAAUGAAUGCAGGAAUGGUGGCUUAUUAUGUUGCAACAAAAAGAAAACAUCCUUUUGGUCCUCCAGAGUAUAGACUGAAAAACUUGUUAGAUGGAAACCCUGUUGGCUUAAAGGAAAUCGACGAUGUUCAACUUAAAGAUCUACUUUCAUGGAUGCUACAACUUGUACCUGAACUCAGACCAUCUGCUAUCGAGGCGUUAAAACACCCUUAUCUACAAUCCUAUGAGAAGAACUUUGAUAUGCUGUGUGAUGUGGCAAACCAACCAGGGAUAGAGAUACCGUAUUUAGGUCAUCCUCUAAACUCAGAUGUGCAUGAGCAGUUAAAUGGUCUAAAAAAUUGGAUGGACCGUAUUGAACCUGAAGUUUUUAGUAAUUUCAAUAAAAGUCAAUACGACUCCACAUGGUUGGGUUGCUUAAAAUUUUUGCAUAACGUUCACCAGAAUUGGCAUGAUAAACCAUUCUUACAUACCAAGGAAGGCGAGUAUGAAGAGUAUUUCUUACGAGUUUUCCCAGAGCUUCCUCAUUUGGUGCAUAGAAUCACAAAGUUUAAUGAUUGGAAAACAAAACCUGAUCUUGAAGAACAUUUUACAAAAUCGUAUUUGCAAGACUUUAGACAACUUUUAGCUAAUUGUUUGACUAUUCUUAUCAUUCAUGCCUAA